AUGGUGUUUUGGAGCCAAAUUGUGCUGGUGUCUGCGUUGAUCAUCUUUUCUUGCCCUAAAGGAUUAGAGACACUGUCAUCACAGCAUCUGUGUGGUUCUCACCUAGUAGAGACUCUAUACUUUGUGUGUGGAGGGAAGGGAUUUUACUAUGUACCUAAAGUGAAAAGAGGAGUAGAGCAGUUUCUAGUGAACGCAGUGAAUUUAAAGGGAGCUGAAAAUAUACAAGCUAGCUGGAGCAAGCCUCUGGAUGUAAACAUGCCACUGUUCCUGCCCCCUAUUAUUCUGGACCUCAGCCCCCAACUCCAGCAUGUGGCCCAGGCCCAAGCCCUGGCCACUCUCUGGGCUCCCGCGACUUGCCUUAUACCCCAGCUGGACCCUGACUCUCAUUUCAGACUAAUGAGUGAGCCAGAAGCCAGGCCAUCAGGACUCACGACAUUACAAGGGGAAGAAUCAAUUCAAGAAAAUGAGAUUGAACAUCAUGUUCCAUUCAAUAAACUGUUGGAGCGGAUGAAGAAGAGGGGGAUUGUGGAAAGCUGCUGUCAUAAUACCUGCUCACUUUUUGAUCUGGAAGGCUACUGUAACCAGUAA